GAGUCGUUGAGGUGUAAGGUUUGUGAAAAUCGACUUGAAGAUUUUAAUCUCACAACUUUUGGAAUAUUUCGAAAAAAAAUAAGAGUAGAGAACAUAAACGAGAAAAGCAAUUAACUAAAUUAAAUACAUAUUUGGUACAUACAAGUACUGUGACGAUAACUCAAAAGAUGAAUUCAAUAUUCCCAUCGAGCUUAUCGCAACCAGUGCAUUCGCCUCAGACCAAAGCCGCGCAACUGGCCUUUCAGCUCUUAGAUAACGCUACAAUGAAUGCACAAUUUAGUCGCCGAUUCGAACAAUUACUACGCUCUGAGAAAUACUACGACUGCGUAUUUCACAUUGGCGGAGCACAACUAAAAUGUCACAAAUUAAUAUUAUCCACAGCCAGUCCAGUUUUCGAGGCCAUGUUCUAUGGUCCAAUACGCGAGCAACAAAAAGAAAUUGAUAUUUUGGACAUUGGCGCCGAAACUUUUCAAAUGCUUCUAAAUUUUAUUUACGCCGGUGUCAUGCCGGUGUCCCUUUCGCUAGAAGAGGCUAUCGAGCUAUACUAUUGCGCUGAGAAAUAUUUAAUCACUGACCUGACGAACACUUGCUUACUGGCGAUAGCGCGCAAAUUACGUUACACAAAUAUUCUACCUGCGCUGGAGCUUUGCGUCUGCAUGGAUCUGCGUGAUCUGCUGGAGGUAUGCAUGUCUUUCUUUAACCGCUGCUGUCUCAACAAUCCACAAUUUAUGACAUCGCAUAAGAGUCACUAUGUGCAUGUAUCCAAGGAAUGCGUCAAGGCAAUAAUUGCAGCUAAUAAUUGCGCGAAGACUAGAAAGCAAGUGUUGUGGUUCGUUUACGAGUGGUGCCAGCAGGAAUGCCAUGAAUUAGGAUUGCAGCAAGAAGAUUGUGCAGUAAUCAUCAAUGAUCUGCAAUUGCCUGCCUACAGUGAUGAGGAAUGCGAAGUAUUGAAGCUAAAAACGCCACAGCGACAUACCUGUAAUUCUAUCGAACGUAGCUAUUUUAAGGCAUGCCGGCCCUUCACUGUCGACCAGGAUACACAUGAAUGGACCGUGUUUGUCAAAUGCAAUCGUUUUAUUGCAUUGCAUGGUCUCAUCAUUUACAGUCGCCUAUCACCACUGACACAUUACGCGUUCAAGCUACCCAGCGAGUACAGUGAAAAUUUGCAUAUUGAAAUUUUAGCAUCCGCUAAUGAAAGAAGUGAUGAAGUGAGUGAUCAAGAGGGCAAUGCGGCGAUCAGCGCUGAGACCUUACUUUGGCAGCAUAAUGUUAUAAAGCAGCUGACUAGAUACAAUUGUGAUAUGAAUAUCGAGUGGGAUGAGGGGCUGUUGCUUACCCCCGAUAUUGAGUAUAAAAUUAAGCUUAUGUGGCGUACGGAUGCAUACGGUUCCGAAUAUCCGUGUAGUUUGCAAUCGGAUUUCGUGGAUGGAAUAAGUUUCAGGGACGAACCAAUGCACUCUGGGAGCUUGGUCAAGGGGUUGCGCUUUACAAAUUUGAUGUAAUAACUUGGAUGUACAUACGAUUAUAAAUUCUAAGAUGGCAUAGAUAAAAUGUAUUUUUUUUUAUAUCGAUGGUCCUGUGCAAUAACGACGCAAUUCAAAAUUCAAAAAACAAAAACUGUUACUACUGUUAAGUGGCUACUUGUCUCUAAUCAUUGUCUAAUCCAUUUACAUCUCUUACUAAGGUAAGCAGUAAGGAAUGCAAAAGUAAGUACAAAAGGAUAGACAUGGAUUCGACAAGGAUUAAAGGCAUGAGCCACUUAACAGUAGUAACAGUUUUUAUUUUUCGAAUUUUGAAUUGUGUCGUUAUUGCAUAGGACCA